GUUUUCGUCGUCAUAUCCCUCGGUCCAUGUGGAAUGUCGGGUCUGUAUGAUUUAAAAAUAGCCCCAUCUCAUCUUCAGCCUGACACGCUGCUCCAGUGAGUCUCAUAGUGGUGCGAGCAGCAGGAAUGUGAAGAUGGCUACAGAUCUGGGAGAGCUACUGGUCCCGUACAUGCCCACCAUUAAAGUACCGAGGACAGGAGACAGGGUUUUCAAGAGCGAAUGCGCUUUUUCUUACGACUCUCCUGAAUCAGAAGGUGGUCUCUAUGUGUGUAUGAACUCGUUUCUUGGUUUUGGAAGAGAACAUGUGGAGAGACAUUUCCGUAAAACUGGACAGAGUGUUUACAUGCACUUAAAACGGCAUGUGAAAGAGAAAGCCACAGGUGCUGCGGGGGGUGCCAUACCAAGAAGAAGAAAUGGAAAAGUGUUUUUAGAUUUAGAGCUUAACCGUGAUUUUAACGGCGAUGAGUAUGAGUAUGAAGAUGAAGCCAAGCUUGUCAUAUUUCCAGACCACUUUGAGAUCCCUUUACCAAAUAUUGAGGAGUUACCCGCCCUGGUAACAAUAGCCUGUGAUGCUGUCCUCAAUGCUUCAUCUCCAUACAAAAAGCAAGAGUCUGAAUCUUGGGAAGAGGAGAUCCAAGUAUCAAAACAUGCCAGAAGUCUCAGACAACAGGAGAAUGGGGUUCGAAUUCCUCCAAGUGGCUGGAAGUGUGCCAAGUGUGAAAUGAGAGAAAACCUGUGGCUGAACCUGACGGAUGGCUCUGUCCUCUGUGGGAAAUGGUUCUUUGAUGGGAGUGGAGGUAACGGACAUGCCCUUGACCACUACAAAGAAACCAACUUCCCCCUGGCCGUUAAACUCGACACAAUCACCCCAGAUGGAGCAGAUGUUUAUUCCUUCGAUGAAGAAGAAGCCGUGCUUGAUCCUCUCAUAUCAGAACAUUUAUUGCACUUCGGAAUAGAUAUGCUGCAGAUGCAAAGGACAGAAAAUGGCCAUCACACAGACAACCACGUACAGCCACGUAUAAGUGACUGGGAAACGGUUCAGGAGGCGGGGCUAAAGCUGAAGCAUGUGUACGGCCCAGGAUUCACAGGCAUCACAAACCUGGGCAACAGCUGCUACCUGAGCACCACUAUGCAAGUUCUGUUCAGUAUUCCAGAAUUUCAGAGAGCGUAUGUUGGGAAUCUACAAAGAAUAUUUGACUACUCACCUCUUGAUCCAACUCAGGACUUCAACACACAGAUGGCGAAACUAGGCCAUGGGCUUCUCUCAGGCCAGUACUCUAAACCUCCAAUGAAAUCAGAACUUAUUGAACAGGUGAUGAAAGAAGAACACAAGCAGCAGCAAAAGGGGAUUUCGCCUAAGAUGUUCAAAGCCUUGGUCAGUAAGGGACACCCAGAGUUCUCCUCCAACCGGCAACAAGAUGCUCACGAAUUCUUCCUGCACUUAAUUAACCUUGUGGAUAGGAACAGCGUUGGAUUUGAGAACCCCAGCGAUGUUUUUCGUUUCAUCGUGGAGGAGCGCGUGCAGUGCUGUCAGUCGCAAAAGGUGCGAUACACACAGAGAGGGGACUACCUUAUGCAGCUUCCUGUACCUUUGGAGGCCGCCAGCAACAGAGAGGAGCUAAUAGCGUAUGAGACUAAGCGGAAGGAAGCAGAGGAGAACAUGCGGCCCCUUCCAGAGCCCGUAAGGGCCCGAAUUCCCUUUACCGCCUGUCUGCAAGCUUUCACUGAGCCUGAAAAUGUUCCAGACUUCUGGAGCUCUGCACUACAGGCCAAGUCAGCCGGAGUGAAGACCUCCCGUUUUGCAUCCUUCCCCGACGUCAUGGUAUUACAAAUGAAGAAGUUCACAUUUGGAGUGGACUGGGUGCCCAAAAAGUUAGACAUUUCUGUAGAUGUACCUGAUUUCCUGGACUUGAAUCGUCUCAGGGGGACAGGGCUACAACAAGGAGAAGAGGAACUGCCUGAUCUCACACCUCCCAUUGUCAUUCCUGAAGAUACCAGAGAUAGUUCAAUAAACAACUCAUUGGAAUCUCCAGAGAUAGAUGAAUCAUCUGUGAUGCAGUUGGCAGAGAUGGGUUUCCCUAUGGAAGCAUGUCGAAAGGCAGUGUACUACACUGGGAAUAUGGGAGCAGAGAUGGCCUUUAACUGGAUAAUAGCACACAUGGAAGAACCAGAUUUUGCUGAGCCUCUGGCUAUUCCCUCUUACAUGGAGCCAGACCUGCCCAGCCCCAGCCUUCCUGCCAUCAGCACACUAGACAACCAGCCUCCGGAAGAAAGUAUCGCCAUCCUCACCUCAAUGGGCUUCCCCAGACAUCACACCAUCCAGGCUCUCAAAGCCACAAACAACAAUUUGGAACGAGCACUUGAUUGGAUAUUCACCCAUCCGGACUGUGAGGAAGAAACUGAGGCCAUGUCAGACACACCGGAUACAGAGCCAAAUGAUAACAGCUUCUCAAACGCCAACGCCAACAGCGACUCCUUACUGACUCCAGAUCAGGAGCUUUCCAGUCCCCGUGUCAGAGAUGGACCCGGGCGUUACGAGCUGUUUGCCUUCAUCAGUCAUAUGGGAGCAUCAACGAUGUCUGGCCAUUACGUCUGUCAUAUCAAAAAAGAGGGAAGAUGGCUGAUUUACAAUGACCACAAAGUGUGUUUGUCAGAGAAGCCUCCUAAAGACUUGGGCUACAUAUAUUUUUACCGGCGCCUGUCAAGCUGUUAGAUCUGGACCUUCAUAGCCUUUAUGCACAAGAGAGGUGUGGGAUACCACUUACAUUGCUGGAAACUAGGAAAGCAUUUACAUCUGUGAGAGACGGAGAGAGGACCUUCCAGUCCCUGCCAGGACCUGCACCUGCGCUCGUCACACGUGAAUGGUCAAGCAGGAAAUCGAAUGUGCUUUGUUUGUUUGUUGGUUUUGUGUCUGCGUUAUCGGUACAGUGGGAUGCGUGCAAUUUUAGGUAUGCAGAUUAUUUUCCUAAUAUAUUUACAAAUUAUUUGUUAUAUUUCUCUUUUAAUACUUUGGGCUCCUACGCCAGUAUUUUCAAGAACUUAAUUUUGAGGAAAUGUGUGCCUGCGGUACAAAGUGUAUUUACUGCCAUUUCAAAAGAAUGUAUUCACUUAUGUUUAUUUCAUCCUCUUUAAGGUACACAGUUAAAGAUUUAUUUAAUAUUUUAAAGGGACACUCCACUUUUUUUCGAAAAAAUAUGCUCAUUUUCCAGCUCCCCUAGAUUUAAACAUUUGAUUUUUACCGUUUUGGAAUCCAUUCAGAUGAUCUUUGGGUCUGGCCGUACCACUUUUAGCAUAGCUUAGCAUAAUCCAUUGAAUCUGAUUCGGUCUUAGCACACGAUGUAACUACAGAAGAGUCAAGUUUUAAUUAGGAAAAAUAUCAAACUCUUUGUGUAUUUUUUAGCGUGAUGCUAACGGUUUAAUCAGAUUCAAUGGAUUGUGCUAAGCUAUGCUAAAAGUGGUAGCGGCAGACCCAGAGAUAAGCUGAAUGGAAAAAAAUGGAAAAAAUCAAAUGUUUAACUCCAGGGGAGAUGGAAAAUAGCAUAUUUUCAAAAAAAGUGGAGUGUCCCUUUAAAACAAUUUGAUAAAACAGAAUAAAACAGUAACUUCUGCCACAUGCUUUUGUUAAAGCAAUAUAUUCACUUGGCCAUAAAGAAUGAAGUUAAGAGAAGAAUGUUUUUUGUGGCAGUCAUGUGUAUUAUGCUUCUAUAGGUUGGCCUUAUGUGUUUCUGUUCGAUAUAUGCUAGAUAUAUAUAUAUAUAAUCCAGCAUUAGAGAUUAAUGCAUAUAUGUGGCACCAUCAGCUGGUUUUAUCAAUCAUUUAGGUCUGUUCUCACUAGCAUGCAAACGUUUAAGGUUUACAUACCUUUAGGCAGAAGAUCUCAAGUUUGAACUUUGUGAAAACUCAAAGUCUGUAGUUGCUUUUUGUAUAUAUGUUUAUAUCAUCUCUUUGGUUCAUGGGACUGUUGUCCCUAAGGUCUAUGAUAGCUUUCAGUCAGUAUAACUGACCAAAUAAUGCACCAAUAUCAUUAAUCAUAUGUUCAUACAACGUUCAAUUGCUUUAUUUUAAAGAAACUCUCAACAGUUUAAUGACUGGAAUUAAUUUGAAGUUUCGGUUCAUCUGAUUCUCAGUCUCAAAGAACGACAAAGUAUUUCUGUUCUGUACUGAAGCAAUAUUUAAUAACAAAUCUAUUAUUUCUUUUACUGUAAAUUACGCUCAAGCUUUAUGACAUAUCUGACACACUAGGCUCCACAUUAUUUUCACUGACUACAGGGUCAUAACCCUGGACAUUUAAUUCAUCUUGCUGAAAAAAUGUCAUUAUCAAACACAAAAUUUUGCAUGUUUUCUUUAAAGGGAGACUCCUCAUUUUUGGAAAAUAUGCUCAUUUUUAGCUCCCCUAGAGUUAAACAUUUGAUUUUUACUUUUUUGGAAUCCAUUUAGCUGAUCUCCGGGUCUUACGGUUUCAUUUUUAGCAUAGCUUAGCAUAAUCCAUUGAAUCUGAUUAGACCAUUAGCAUCGUGCUUAAAAAUAACAUUGUGUACUAAGACUGACGGAAAAUUAAAAGUUGUGAUUUUUUUAGGCACAUAUGGCUAGGAACUAUACUCUCAUUCUGGCGUAAUUAUCAAGGACUAUGCUACCGCAACAUGACUGCAGGUGGCGCAAUGAUAUUACGCCAUGCACUAAAAUAGCCCCCUUGGUAACUUUCAAUAGCAGGGAACAAUUUACGGCAGCAAAGUCUUUGAUUAUUAGGCAAGUUUUAAAUAGGAAAAAUAUCUAAACUCUUUUUUUUUGCGCAAUGCUAAUGGUCUAAUCAGAUUCAAUGAAUUAUGCUAAGCUAUGCUAAAAGUGAUACCGCCAGACCUGGAGAUCAGCUGAAUGGAUUCCAAAACAGCAAAAAUCAAAUGUUUAACUCUAGGGGAGCUGGAAAAUGAGCAUAUUUUCGAAAAAAAAAAAAAAUUGUCCUUUUUAAUCAUAUGAAGGAUAGCACUGAAUGGAAGUUAGUAUUUAUUAUUUCUCAUGCUGGAGUGAGGCCUGUUCAUCUCAAUGUAUUUCAACUGGAUAUCGCACAUACGUUUGUGAACUGUACCCUGUCAUGUUUCUUUAUAUUGUGCACUAUGUGUUAGCUUGGGAGUUCUUUUCCCUUCACCUUUUUGUGCCUUUUAUUCAUUCGCUUGCCCAUCCAAGGCUGCUUAUUGGGUCCUCUCUCUCUUUUUCUCAUUUCUUUUUCUCACCUGCUCCUCACUCUAUUCCUCUCUCAUUCUAUAUUGGGUGUGAAAGUGGAUGCUUUUACCCCACCAUUCUCAAACAUGCCUUGAUAUUAUCAGUAUGUGCACUAAAACUCAAGAGGUUAGUCAGUAGGCAUUUUGCAAUAUAUUACUGAUCUUUAGUGGGUUCCGUUUUUAAUUUUUAUUGUUGAUUUUUGUUGUUGCAAAAAUAAGGUGUGCCAAUACUGUAGCUACUUUACAAACUCGCCCACUUUGUUUGUUAUAAGUUGUUUUUUAAUGGAUUUAUUGUUUAGAACACACAAGCCGAACAAAUGCGGGAAUUCUCAUUUUAAAAUCUGUUCAAACAUACUUGUGACUCAUAAUGUUUGGAUUGUUCAAUAAAGUCCACAGUUGUUUAA